AUGCCCGCUAAGCGCCCGCGCGCACUUUUUGGGUCCGCACAGCGCUUCACCACUACAACCAGAGCCACUUACGCGCCGUGUUGCAAGAUGAAACAGUGCCUUCCACCAAGCAUCUUCAUCCUGAAGACUUUAUUUUGGCAACCUCUUUGUUUCGACAUGGACCGCCUGAUCCACCCUGAGGUGGUCGUUUCAUCGACACGGGGUUGCGACCCGGCCAAACCAGCUUCUUUAUAA